AGGAACCUCAGCCAAACCAGGCGGCCAACGCGCCGCAACCCACGUGACACGGAGGCACGCUAGACAACUUGUGGUCACACGAGGCUGUGGGAGCGGCCUGACUGGAACGUGCUGAGCACGAGCUUGCACACGCUCAAGCCUCGCGACAAUUGUCGGCCCUGAGACUAGCCGUUGGGCUCGCGCCUGCGCACAACCCGGCUCGCGCCUUCCCGCGUUUUUCUGGAUUCUUCUACCGCAGGAAGGGAAGCGGUGGGCGCCUGUCCAGGACGGAAGGGGACUACAGAGACCCGGGGCACCCGAGGCAGUGGCUUUUCCUCAACGCUGCUCCGCCAGAAGUCGCUGUUCCGGGCUCAGACACUGGACCAGCAUGCCCACCCUGCGGUCAUCCUCCUCCCGGCCCCAGAGCUCCUCCUCCCCCAGCAGUGAGUCCUCCCCGCUGCAGAGAGCCGUGGGGCCUGGGCCGAGGGGCUUGUCUGCGUCUUCUAGUUCAUCUGUCUCCGUGCCCUGUGAUGACUGGGACUCGAACCAGGCUUCAAAGGGGGAUAGUGAAUCUUUGUCAUCUGGUGAAGACAGUGACUUUGAAGACAGCUUGAGACGAAAUGCGAAGAAGAGAGCAGCAAAACGACCACUCAAGACAACCCCAGUGGCAAAACAUCCAAAGAAGGGAUCCCGAAUGGUACAUGCUCGUGGCCAGAAAGAGUCAGAGCCACCAACCAGUAAUCUCUUUGAUGCUGUGAAAGCUGCCAAAAGUGACAUGCAGUCUUUGGUAGAUGAGUGGCUGGAUAGCUACAAGCAAGACCAGGAUGCAGGAUUCCUGGAGCUCAUUAACUUUUUCAUCCGAUCUUGUGGAUGUAAAGGCACUGUGACCCACGAGAUGUUCAAGAAGAUGUCCAACUCAGAGAUCAUCCGGCACCUAACAGAACAGUUUAAUGAGGACUCAGGAGACUAUCCUCUGACAGCUCCCAGCCCAUCCUGGAAGAAGUUCCAGGGCAGCUUCUGUGAAUUUAUAAGGACACUGGUCUAUCAGUGCCAGUACAGCCUCCUCUAUGAUGGCUUUCCUAUGGACAACCUCAUCUCUCUGCUCACUGGCCUCUCAGACUCCCAAGUCCGUGCCUUCCGUCACACUAGCACCCUGGCUGCCAUGAAGCUGAUGACCUCCUUGGUAAGAGUUGCCCUCCAGCUGAGUCUGCACAAGGACAACAAUCAGCGUCAGUAUGAGGCUGAACGAAACAAGGGGCCAGGACUGAGAGCGCCUGAGCGGCUAGAGAGCCUGUUGGAGAAACGCAAAGAGCUCCAAGAGCAUCAAGAGGAGAUUGAAGGAAUGAUGAAUGCCCUCUUCAGGGGUGUCUUUGUACAUCGGUACAGGGAUGUCCUUCCUGAGAUCCGUGCUAUCUGCAUCGAGGAGAUUGGGUCUUGGAUGCAAAGCUACAGUACUUCUUUCCUCACUGACAGCUAUUUAAAAUAUAUUGGCUGGACCCUGCAUGAUAAGCAUCGAGAAGUCCGUCUGAAAUGCCUGAAGGCUCUUAAAGGGCUGUAUAGCAACAGAGACUUGACUGCACGCCUGGAGCUCUUUACCAGCCGAUUUAAGGAGCGGAUGGUUUCCAUGGUCAUGGACCGAGAGUACGACGUGGCAGUGGAGGCUGUCAGUUUACUAACAGUCAUCCUUAAGAACAUGGAAGGAGUGCUAACAGAUGCAGACUGUGAGAGCAUCUAUCCUGUUGUAUAUGCCUCUAACAGAGCCCUGGCCUCUGCUGCAGGGGAGUUUCUAUACUGGAAGCUCUUCUAUCCUGAGUGUGAGACAAGAAUGAUGGGUGGGAGAGAGCGACGCCGAAGUCCACGCGCCCAGAGGACUUUCUUCCACCUUCUCCUGUCCUUUUUUGUGGAGAGUGAGCUCCAUGAUCACGCUGCAUACUUAGUAGACAGCCUGUGGGACUGUGCAGGGCCUCAGCUGAAGGACUGGGAGAGUCUGACAAGCCUGCUACUGGAGAAGGACCAGAACCUGGACGAUGUGCAGGAGAGCACGCUGAUAGAAAUCCUUGUGUCUAGUGUCCGGCAAGCUUCAGAGGGUCACCCGCCUGUGGGGCGGGUGACAGGGAGGAAGGGCUUAACCCUCAAAGAACGUAAGAUCCAGGCCGAUGACAAGGUGAAGCUGACUGAGCACCUCAUCCCCCUGCUCCCCCAACUCCUGGCCAAGUUCUCAGCUGAUGCAGAGAAGGUUGCUCCACUGCUGCAGCUUCUCAACUACUUUGACCUCAAUAUCUAUUGUACCAGGCGCUUGGAGAAGCACCUGGAGCUGCUCCUGCAGCAGCUCCAGGAGGUAGUGGUGAAGCAUGCGGAGCCUGCAGUGCUCGAGGCUGGUGCUCAUGCCCUCUAUCUGCUCUGUAAUCCCGAGUUCACCUUCUUCAGCCGAGUGGACUUUGCCCGAAGCCAACUGGUGGAUUUGCUGACUGACCGCUUCCAGCAGGAGCUUGAAGAGCUGCUGCAGUCGUCCUUCCUAGAUGAGGAUGAGGUGUACAGUCUGGCGGCCACUCUGAAGCGCCUCUCUGCCUUCUACAAUGCCCAUGACCUAACCCGCUGGGAGCUCUAUGAGCCCUGCUACCAACUCCUCCGGAAGGCCGUGGACACAGGAGAGGUUCCUCACCAGGUGACCCUGCCAGCCUUGACUCUUGUUUAUUUUUCCAUUCUCUGGAUGCUAACCCACAUUUCUGGAUCAGGUGCUUCCCAGAAGCAGUUGUUGAGUUUGAAGGGCAGGAUGGUGGCCUUCUGCGAGCUCUGCCAGAGUUGCCUCUCAGAUGUCGAUCCUGAGAUCCAGGAGCAGGCUUUUGUCUUGUUAAGUGACUUGCUUCUCAUAUUCAGCCCUCAGAUGAUCGUAGGGGGACGAGAUUUCCUUAGACCACUUGUCUUUUUCCCUGAAGCCACUCUCCAGUCAGAGCUAGCCAGCUUCCUCAUGGACCAUGUCUUUAUCCAGCCAGGAGAACUGGGCAGUGGUGAGCCAGGCCAUUCCCAGGAGGAUCAUUUACAGAUCGAGCAGCUGCACCAGCGGCGCCGCCUCCUGGCUGGGUUCUGCAAGCUGUUGCUGUAUGGGGUGCUGGAGAUGGACGCAGCCUCAGAUGUUUUCAAACACUACAACAAGUUCUACAAUGACUACGGUGACAUUAUCAAGGAAACAUUAACUAGAGCAAGGCAGAUUGACCGAAGUCACUGUUCCCGAAUUCUGCUGCUGAGCCUCAAGCAGUUAUACACAGAACUACUGCAGGAACAGGGGCCCCAGGGCCUGAAUGAGCUUCCGGCCUUCAUCGAGAUGAGGGACCUGGCCAGGAGGUUUGCCUUGAGCUUUGGGCCCCAACAGCUACAGAACCGUGACCUUGUGGUCACACUACACAAGGAAGGCAUCAAGUUCUCCUUGUCAGAGCUUCCUCCAGCUGGCUCCACCAGUCAGCCCCCAAAUCUUGCAUUCCUGGAGCUCCUUUCAGAGUUCUCCCCCCGACUCUUCCAUCAGGACAAGCAGCUGCUACUGUCCUACCUGGAGAAGUGUCUGCGUCGUGUCUCCCAGGCCCCUGGCCAUCCAUGGGGCCCCGUCACCACCUAUUGCCACUCCCUCAGCCCUGUGGAGAACACAGCAGAGGCCAGUCCUCAGGGCUACCCCCGCUCCAAGAAGAGGCGCAUUGAAGACCCCUCCAGGCAGCACAGAGAGGACAUCUCUGCAUCCCAAGAGGAAAGCAUACAGCUGAUCAGCAUCCCACCCACACCCACCCUCACCUCGACUGCUGUGAAGAGUAGGCAGCCCCUGGUGGGGUUGGAAGAGAGGGAAGAAGAAGGCAACUCAGAACUGGCGUUUACCCAAAGCCAGCCCCCUUUAGGUACCCAGAGGUCAAGGUCCUCAAGUCCACAGCAUUUUGAGACUCCACUCAACCCUUCAGGCCCUGGGCUGGGCAACCGACUGACCCGACUGAGCCUGAUGGAAGACGAUGAAGAGGUGGAAAUUCAGAAUGAGUCCAGUGAAGAGUGGCAAGAUUCAGGCAAGCAGUCUUCCUCCAGUGAGCACAGGCUGGACCUCUUAGAUUCUACAGAACUGAACAUUGAGGAUUUCUGACAUGACCCCGUGCCCCUCCCAUCUCCACGACAUGACCACUUGGAAAAGGCAAACAGGAGAGAGAGUGAAAGGAAUCAUUACUUCCCCUCCCCUCAUCUCUCAAGGGAAGGAGAGGUGGGCUGUGCCUUUCUAACCUGACCUUUCUCUGAUGAUGCUGGGAUAGAGAAGCAGAAGCCCCCGUCCUCCCUGAUGCAUUGUGGCUCUGUCCCUCUGUGUUUGAGCAGAGUGACUGUUUUCUGCUGUUUGGAGGGGCAGGCGCUCUACCUCAGCAUUGGAGAGGGUCACUGCCUGUGUUGAAUGAAAGGAACCUGAUAGUUUUUCUGUAUUUGGGGAACAUCUUUCCUGGCCUGUUUUGUGCACUUCUGGUUAGCUGAAUAAACACAUUGGAGUCAGUU